AUGAAGUUCUACCCCAUCUUUUGCGUCGCCUUGGCCGCCGUGGCGGCGGUGCAGGCCCAAGAGGAGAAGGACUCGACCACCAAGUCCAUCGACUUUUCGAGCUUGAAGAAUGGAUCGACGACCGUGCCCGGCACGGCCAAGGGCGCGGUGGAGGAGGCAGAGACCAAGGCCCCUGUUAAGUACCUCGACUACUCGAGUCUCAAGCAGUUCACGAGGGCCCCGACGGCGACUACGCCGGGCACGAAGAAGGGCCUUCCGCAGGAGGACGACCAGCAGCAGCAGCAGCAGCAGGAGUGGAGCUCGUCAGGCUCGCAGGAGGUGGAGGUGACCAUCGGCGAGACGCCGGAGCCGACGAACCCGAAGGGAACGCCGCGUCCGGACCCUCGUCAGACCGAGCCAGCGACGCCUGAGUCCACGCCGGCACCCACGCCUGCGCCGACCCCCGCUACUACUCCCGCGCCAACCCCCGCCCCGACCCCGGAUCCCG